GGCGGGCCACGGGGCAUGCAGCCGGUUGGGGGCGGGGCUCCGAGGCCAGGACGCGGCGUCGGGUUCCCUGGCAGCCUCCGCCAACUGGACUCUGCCGCGCUCCUCAUGCUGCUCGUGGACGCCGAUCGGCCGGAGCCCGUGCGCAGCGGGGCGCGCGAGCUCGCGCUCUUCCUGACCCCCGAGCCCGGGGCCGAGGCGAAGGAGGUGGAGGAGACCGUCGAGGGCUUGCUCCUUAGGCUGGAGGAGUUCUGCAGCCUGGCUGACAUGAUCAGGAGCGAUACCUCACAGAUCCUGGAGGAAAACAUCCCCCUCCUUAAGGCCAAGGUGAUGGAAAUGCGUGGCAUCUACGCCAAAGUGGACCAGCUGGAGGCCUUUGUCAAGAUGGUCGGGCACCACGUCUCCUUCCUGGAAGCCCACGUGCUUCAGGCCGAGCGGGACCACGGGGCCCUCUCACAGGCCCUGCGGAAGUGGCUGGGCUCCUCGGGGCUCCCUGCCUUCGGGAACAAGCUGUGGACGCCGGCGGCCCCGACCUUCGAGCUGCCCGCGUUGUACAGAACCGAGGACUAUUUUCCUGUGGACGCCGGGGAGGCAACGCGCCGAGCCCCCAGCUGCCAAAGGCUGUGAGCCCCGUGGUCCUGCCAUCAGGGACGUCAGGAAGUGACAUCUGUGUGCCGAGCAGAUUGUUUGUUUUGUUUUGUUUUGUUUUAUUGUUGUGGAUGCGUUUUCUGAAUUUCCCCCCUUGCUUCACGUGGGCCCACAGGGUUUGGAGAAGCAUUUAGAACCCAUAGGUGGGCAGUGCCUCAGAGAUGAGCUGGAGAAGGCCUUCUCCACCGGCGUUUGUCCUGCCUGGUGUUCUGGACGAGGUGGUCACCCUGGGGGACGGGCUGUGGGGCCUUGGAUUUCCCUUUGCCUUGGAAGGGCUUUGCGCGGGAUUUGUGAGGGGCUCACGCGGUGCCCCCAGGGUGCGUGGCUCCAGGUCCAUGCGUGUCGGCCGGUUUGUGUGAACCCCAGUGCCCACUGGCCCUGUGAACCGUCUCAAUAAAGGUGUCCAGGUUG